AUGUCGGGCUUGUUCCACUUGAACAAAUCUCGUUUACAUUCGACACUCACGUCAGGGUUCUGUACACACAGACGGAUUUCAUUUCCGGUCUCAUUUUUUUUUUCUUCUUUCAUCAGGCUUCACCUCCUACCACUUUUUCAUAUAACUUUUCUUUCUCUUUCCUUCUGUCUGUCUCCUUGCACCCACCCUGCACUUUGUAAUCCUUUUUAUAUCAAUAUUUUGCUGUUCAGUGAUCUCCCCAUUUCACUUGCAAACAUCACUCUUUCACAUUUUUUUUUCCUUCUUGAUCUUUACCACAUCACCUCUGACCUGAAAGAAACGCAUCUGUCACCACUUCUUCGUCUUUUUCUUCUUCGGAUGCUAUUUUUCUUCUUCUUCUUCCUCAUCUUUUUCCGCUGUUGCUGCCACUGCUUUUUUCUUUAUCUGUUUCUGUUGCUUCUUCUUCUUCUUCUUCUUCUUCUUCUUAUGUUUCUCCUUCGUAUGCUUCUUCUUUCUCAUCAUCUUCUUCUUCUUCUUCUUCUUCUGCUGCCGCUGCCGCUGUUGCUGCUUCUGCUUCUUCUAUUUUGCUUCUUCUUCUUCUUCUUCUUCUUCUUCUUCUUCCGCUUCUCCUUGUUAUGUUUCUCCUUUGUAUGUUUCUUCUUUCUCUUCUUCUUCUUCUUCUUCUUCUUCUAA